AUGGUGCUGCCGCGGACGUCGAAGAUGUGCAACGUCGUCGACCGCGCCGACGAGAAAGUCGUCUACAAGCGCUACGCUAGCCUCUACUUCGUCGCGUGCACCGACCGCGAUGAUAACGAGCUGCUCACCAUGGAGCUGCUGCACAUGUUUGUCGAGGUCCUCGACUCGUACUUUGGCAACGUGUGCGAGCUGGAUUUGAUCUUCAACUUUACCCGUUCGUACUGGGUCCUCGACGAGAUCUUCAUCUCCGGCGAGCUGCAGGAGUGUAGCAAGGCCGCCAUUUUGGCCGCAGCGCAAGCGAGCGACGCCGCGGCAGAGCCCGUUCCGGAAUUUGGACCACGCUCCAUGCAACCGCCGCAAUCCAAGUCUUCGGCGAGGAGGAGAUAGUGAAUAGAUUAAACAAAAUGUUC